AUGGUGGUUCAGGAUGUUUGCAAGAGGUGUCGCCAAGGCCAGGUUAGCGUGCUGAGCAGAAAAGAGCCUUUUUGCAAUGACUGCUUCAGCAAAUUUGUGUCUGCCAAGCAGAGAAAACAGAUGAUGUGUGAACCUUAUUGUCAGGAUGUAUUCAAAGUACUCUAUCAGGACAAAGUAAGGUCUGAGGCAGAAUCGGUUGAGCAGAAUGCACAUUCCAAGGUACUUGUGCCGCUAUCGUUCGGGUCCUCCUCUGUAGUGCUGCUUGAUAUUCUAAACGAUACACUGACGGAGCAAAAAGAGACUCAGAGGGGCAAAACAGGCUUCCACAUUGAUGUUUUGGUGUGUGGAAGAGAUCAAGACGAUAUUGUGAGAUACAGGGAAAUGGCUGAUAGGCUGCUUAGCGAGAGAUAUGCAUCCAACCGGGAAAAGAUCAAAUUUCAUUUCUUGUCAGUGGAAUCCUUUUACAAAGAUUGUGGUGGGGAGCUCGACACUAUUUUAGUUGACAGUGCUGAUUUUUCUUCUAGAUCGAUUGUAGAGAACGGCGAAUUGAAUAGAGAAUUUGGGGUUGAGGAUCUGCUGAAGCAAUGUCCUGAUAGAUCUUCGCGGCAGGAUCUGCUGACGAUUCUUUCAAGCCGUCUUAUCAAGAAAUUUGCCUAUCAAAAUAAGCACAAGAUAAUACUGUGGGGCCAUUCCAUGACGAAACUUGCCGAUGAAACUAUUUCGCUUGUGGUUAAAGGCAGGGGCUCUCAGAUUGCAUCAAUGUUGAGCAUUGACGAGUGUGAUCCACUGUUUGAUAAUUCAUUCAAAAAUCUCUACCCGUUGCAAGAUGUUCUUCUUUCGGAGAUUGACGCCUAUUGCUACAUCAAGCAUUUGGAUCCAUUUAUGAUUGAUUAUAUUCCUCAAGAUACAUUGUUGGUAGAGAAACAGCGCAACCCUGAACUAGUAUCGGCGCCUAGGUCAGUCAAAAAUUUGACACUCAAUGAGAUAGCGAGAAAGUACUUUGAUGAUGUAGAAGCUGACUAUUCAAAUGUGAUAUCUACGGUGGUAAGAACGGCGCUGAAGCUGGGAGAGCCUGAAACUCCUAAACCCGAACGAUGCUCGAUUUGCCGUGCAAAUGUGCAUAUGGAUCCCUCCGAAUACCUGCAGACAAUUACGGUAUCUGAAAAUCACCCGAUUGAGACCACCGAAGAGUCUGCAUUAUAUGACAAAUGGAACGAGUCACAAUUCAGUAAUCAAAAGAUAGAAAACACGACGUUGCGAGAUUCGAUACCGCAGAAGGCUGUUAGUACUUCCCUUUGCUAUGGUUGCCUGAUAAACGUGAAUAGAAUGAAGGGUAGGAAACUAACCUGGCCGCAGCACAGUAAAAGCGAGCUAGAAACAAUAUUGGAUGCUUUCGAGCUCUAA